GGCCCCGCAGCCGGCCCGGCCCGGCCCGUCCCGGCGGCCAUGAAGUCCGUGUUUGUCACCGUGGGCACCACCAGCUUCGAUGAGCUGAUCGCCACGGCCCGCUCCCCGCCCGCGCUGCAGGCGCUGCAGAGCCGCGGCUACCAGAAGCUGGUGCUGCAGGUGGGCCGGGGCUCGCUGCCGCAGCCGCAGCCCAGCAGCAGCCCGGCCGUGGCGGUGGAAGCGUUCCGGUUCAAGGACUCGCUGGCUGAGGACCUGCAGGGAGCAGACCUGGUCAUCAGCCACGCAGGUGCUGGUAGCUGUCUGGAGACUCUAGAGAAAGGAAAACCACUAAUAGUAGUAAUAAAUGACAAGCUGAUGAACAACCAUCAGCUUGAGCUGGCCAAACAGCUGCACAGAGAUGGCUGUGUCCUGUACUGUAACUGCAGCACUCUUGUGGAGACACUGCAAUCGAUGGACUUGUCAGCUUUGAAACCUUUUCCUCCUGGACAGCCAGAAAAGUUUGCUUCAUUCUUGGAUAAAGUUUUUGGGUUACAAUAAACAAAAAACCAGAAAUAUAAAA